AUGGCAUCGCAAGUUUCCAUCAAAGCCCAACUCCGCUCCAUCUGGAGCGAGAAGCGAGUCGUUGGAAUCUGCUUGUUCAUUGCUCUGGCUCAAUUCCAAUAUGGAUAUGACUCCGCCGCGGUGUCGGGGUUCCAAUCCAUGCCGGGAUUUCUGGCCGUCUUUGGUUAUGCCGAUCCUCUCAACCCCAUCGGAUACAACAUCAGCACAAAAGUGCAGACCCUGAUCCAGAGUUUGAUCAACCUCGGCGCCCUGACAGCGUGCUUCGUAAUCUUCAAGUUCGGCAGCUUUAUCAGCCCACGCACCGGCCUGUGGCUGGCCUCGGCCGUGUCCGUCGUCUCCGUCGCCGUGCAGAUGGGCAGCGUGCACGUCGGCGCCCUCUACGUCGGUCGCCUACUACUCGGAUUCUCAAAUGGCUUCUACAGCACCUACGCGGCGAUCUACAUGGGCGAGUCGGCGCCGGCAUAUCUCCGAGGCCCCGUCAUCGGCAUGGUCGUGUUGCAAAUCUCCCUCGGGGCACUGAUAGGCAUCCUCGUCGACAAUUACACCAAAGUCCAUCUCGGCCGGAUAGCAUACCAGAUCCCCCUCGCAGUCAUGCUCGCCAUCCCGGUGAUGAUGUCCACCGGUCUGCUCUUCCUCCCCGAGACGCCUCGCUACUACAUCUCCAAAGGCCAAGACGACAAAGCCGCAGCCGCCAUCCGCAAGCUACGCGGCGUAACCGACGCCGCCCAACUCAGCGAAGACGUCGCAAUCAUGAAGGCAGCCUGGCUGGCCGAGACGGAGACGCACGCCUCCGUCCUCCUACUCGACGCCUUCCGCGGCACCGACCUCCGACGAACCCUCCUCAGCGUCGCGGCCGGCGUCGGCCAGACCGCCACGGGCAUGAUCUUCAUCUCGGCCUUCUCCGUGUACUUCUUCGUGCAGGCGCGCAUCGGCAACCCGUUCGUGUGGGUCAUGGUGUCGCUGGGCAUCGCGCUGACGGGCAACAUGCUUUCGUUCCCGGCGCUGCGCUUCUUCGACCGCCGACACCUGCUCGUCGGCGCGUCGGUCGUCAACUCGGCCGUCAUGUUCGGUAUGGCCAUUGUCUACACCGUGUCCACCGUGGGGUCGCCGGGCGCGAGCAAGGCCCUGGUGGGUUUGAGCAUGGUCUUUCCCUGGGUGUAUGGCCUUGGCCAGGGCCCGGUGUUGUGGGCUCUUCAGACGGAGAUGCCGUCGCAGAGACUGCGGUCGCAUACGGUUGGUCUGUCCCAGGGGGCAAAUUUCGUGUUUGCAUGGCUGAGCUCGUACUGCACGCCUUAUUUUAUCAACCCUGAGUCUCUUAACUGGGGACCGAAGUACUGUUACAUCUGGGGCGCGGGCAAUUUCAUCCUGGCCGUGUUUGUCUUCUUCUUUGUUCCCGAGACGAGAGGAAGAGGCUUGGAGCAGCUUGACGAGUUGUUCGAGAAGAAGGUGCCCGCUUGGAAGUUUGCUGGGUACGUUACCGACCUUCAGCAAGCCGAUGCGGACGGUUAUGUUGGGGGGAAGGACAUGAAGGAGGACACGGAGGCAUCUCACCGCGAGUAG